GAGUGUAUGUGUGUGUGUGUGUGUGUGUGUGUGUGUGUGGAUGUGUGUGUGGAAGAGAGAGAGAGAGAGAGAGAGAGAGAGAGAGAGAGAGAGAGAGUGUGUGUUUGGAGGCGUACAACUAUGCAAGAACCGUGUCGUGGAGGUACAUUGCCAUUACGCACUAUUACGCACUGACAGCUACUUUUAAGAAACGAGCGCUCAGCGCAGCCGAGCGGAAUUUUGGAUUCUUCACCAAGUACAGGUAGAAUUUUUUCAUUCACACUCUGCCCGUCAUCAGCAGAACAACUUGAUCUUCAGAGCCGAGCCCAGCGUCCACUCAUCCGCACAGGAAUGGUGGAUCACUUGCCACUUGGUGAGGAGACCUUCCUGUGUUAUGCCCACUCACCAGGGUCCGACUACAACUCCCUCUGUCGCCACACCAAUGGUGGUGUGUCGCCGGGAAUCAUGGUGACUGACGCGGGCAUCUACCACCACCACCACCACCACCACCACCACCACCAUCCCUAUGAAGGGCUGAUGCUGUCCUCUUCCCCUCGCCUCUCUGAGGACGAUCUUAGCGACUCCUCCAGCCCUCGUUCGUCCCUCUGCUCCAGCCCCGAGUCAUCGUCACCGACGUUACACCAUGCUCUCAGCUCCAGCUACGAAAGCAGGAGCAGCCGGAGCAGUGAAAGCAGCAGUUCCUCGGGAGGAGAGAGUCAGGACAGUCUGCUUGACCUCCUUCUCUCGCAGGCGUCCCUCAGCAACAACUCCUAUUCUUCUUCCUCUCUGUCCCUGUCCUCCACAACCUCUUCGUCCUCCUCAUCUGCCCCACUUCUACCGAUGGGGCUGGCGUGGGACUCGAAGAGGGAGCAGCGGCUGAGUCUCCUUCAGCAGCAGUCCAAGGAGGACUGUUACGAGUUCCCUGUGUUCCUGGAUGAGCUUCAGGACCCUGCAGCGCUUCUGUUCCAGCCAACCCUGGAGGAGAUCGAGGAGUUCCUGGAGGAGAACAUGGUUGUGGCGAUGGAGAAAGACGAGGAGGGGAGUGAUGAGGCGAUGUCGCAAACAUCGGAGGAUGCUGAGGCAGACAGUUCUGGAGAAUUCAUAUCGGUGCCUCAGAACUCAGAUCAGACUGUGCCUGUGGCUCAUUCUUCUCUUUCCUCCUUCACAGAGACCAAACAUACACCGAGUGCAUCCGACAUGGACAGCUCACCCUUAACAUUGGAUGCUAGUUGUAUAGCUAGCGCUAGCUCCACAAGUAGUGGAGUUGAUGGGAUCAAACAGGAGGACUGUGGUUCAAUGUCAGCCUCUUCAGAAGGUACCAGUGCUGCUUCCAAUGUGCCUGUCAUCCUACAAAUCCAGCCAAUACAGAUCAAACAGGAACCCAACCCUAGUGCCAUUUCAGAUUCUGUCGCCCAGAAUACAGAAUUCCAGCCAACGCCGGCCCAGCCGGAUAUCAAAAUCGCCCAGCUCCUGGUCAACAUCCAGGGGCAAACAUUUGCCUUGGUGCCUCAGCUGCUCUCCCCGGCAAACGUUGCCAGCGCCAGCAAAACUGGAAUCACCGCUUCGUCCAAAUUUGUGCGGAUCGCUCCGGUUCCCAUCGCCGCCAAGCCGAUUGGACUUGGGGAAGGCGGGUUGAACGGGGUUUCCUCUUCAGGGAUCCUCGCAGGAGGUCAGAGGUACCAAAAGAGCGCAGUGGCAGACCUUAUCAAAAUGCACAAGUGCUCUUUUCCCGGCUGCAAUAAAAUGUACACCAAGAGCAGCCACCUCAAAGCCCACCUGAGGAGGCACACUGGAGAGAAACCCUUCGCCUGCACAUGGCCUGGCUGUGGAUGGAGGUUCUCCCGGUCCGACGAGCUGUCCCGACACCGGCGCUCCCACUCUGGAGUGAAACCAUACCAGUGCAUCGUCUGCGAGAAGAAGUUUGCCCGCAGCGAUCACCUGUCGAAACACCUCAAAGUCCAUCGCUUUCCCCGAAGCAGCAGGACAGGACGCUCUGCAAACUGACUCCUGUGACCCCGCUCUGACAGACUGACGCUAAGCGGAGAGAGAGCGACGGGGGAAAGGGGGGGUUUGCUGUGAUCGUGUAUGUGCUUGUGACGAAGGACAGAGGAGGUGAAAGUCCAAACACCUUUGAAAGGAGUCUGUGCAGGACAUAUGUGUGUUUAUGUUGGAAUAAGUGCGCCUGACGUACGUUCAUGGUACUGUGAUAAUUUAUUGGGUGGUGAGGAAAAAAAAGACUGUAAAAACUGAAACAGAAAUCUGUUACUUGACUCAACACCCUCACAGGUGGAAUAAGCUUCAUGUAUAUUUUUGUUUCACUCAAAUCUUUUUUUUUUUUUUUUUGAGGGAAGAUUUGCUAUCAGAGUAUUUUUACAUUUUGAGAUGUGCAUUGUUGUUGUUGUUGUCGGAGUACAAAGCCUUACCAAUACGAGCUGAUCCAUCACGAGGGGACGGCCCUGUUUCAAUCUUUCAGGUGAUUUAAGGGAAAUUGUAUCACAAAGACUUCAUCUUUUAAUGGAUUGAACUGAAUACGUUAGGGCCUUGGUUUAAUUCUUUCUCAAAGGACGGUGGAGUAACGAGGAACAUUCCUUUAGCUUUGUCUUUGUUGCCUUUGAGUGUCAUAGCAGGGGGAAAACACACUCUGGUAACCUCAGACACAUUUCACAAAGAAAACAGGAAAUCUUCUGCUGUUUGUCCAUCUUAAAGCCUGGUUUGUAGUUCUACGCUUCUACCAAUCUGCGCCGUUGUGAGCACUACUUUGUGUUCAUUGGCGUGUCUGCAUACUCUCUGCAAUACUCCGGCGACAAACGCUAGUUAGCAUUGGUAUUUCUAUGCUAGUUAUAUCGUCACAUCCUCUGCUUGGUUGUGUGCAGGAAACCAUGGCAACUGAGACGGAGCGUAUUUUGUUGGCGUUUGAGAUAAUAAAUGUUUGAGUACACUUGCAAAGUAGAAGAGCGAGGACACAUCGGACGAGAUGAAUGUACAACAUGUUAGCAUUGUUAGCUCGGGCUACUUGUUAGCCUACAUUAAACACACAGAGGUUGCAUGAUUCAAAGAACAUGUAUUUAUCUUCUCAUCAUAGUUAGACUCUGUAUCCUGAUGUUUUACAUGUGGUGCAAACCGGGAGAGGAGAAUGUAGACCAAUCACAGGAUCCUAGGGCGUAGAUUGGACGCAGAAGUAUAAAUCAGACUCGAGUCAUUAGCAUACCCAACAUCACCUUUUUAUCGCUGUUUAUCGGAAUAUUUGUCAUUUUUAUUCCCUCGGUUUUAAUCAAAUACAUUUUGAGGGAUCAGCUGUUUCCUUUGAUUAUCAACAAAAUAUUUCAAGCCUUGAUAGAAAACAAGUAUUUACAAAAGUGUGAAUGUCGUGAUCGUCGCUUUGUGUCACUUUAUCUUCUUCUGCUGUGAAAAAUUAUACAAGAUGCUAAAUUGGAAACGCACAAUGGAAGGCUUGGGAACCAGUCCAAACAUGCACACUGGUUCACACUGGUUAAUUACAGGUCAAAUCUCUUGCUGCCACUCGUGCCAAACUAAGAGUGAAUAUUUUUGUAAAGUUUUAAAAAAUUUUGGAGUUCAUCCUAAGGUCACCAUGUAGACACAUAUCAACACAUAAACGACAGCUUUGGUCACUUUUUCUAAUUACGAGGGGGUAAGAAAAAACCAAACACCAACAAAACCGAUUGUUCCUUUAUGGUUUAUUUUCAGAUGUUGUGCCGUCUUUGAACCCCCCGCAGCUAGAGGGCAGUGCUCUGAUUCUCCUUCAGCUAUUUGACUUUUCUGUUCUAUCAUAACAUCGAACAUGAAGACAGGAAGUCGUUAGCACAUGAAACAAAGCUUUAACCCAAAGAACAAAGGCACACUGUGAGGUAUGAAGGGUGCAAUGUUUCCCUGCUGAUAUUGCAAUAUGUUGAAUUUUAACCCCUUGCAUUGCAAUAAGUA